UCGCCGUGGAAACUUUCUUAAACAGUGGUCUGAACUACGCAGUCAGUAGUUCGCUAUCCGUCGCGAUGGCACUCAGGCUGUGCUGGUUGCUACUUCUCGUCGUUUGCUGCGGUGUCACCAACGCUUCAGAUGACGAGGUCCAGGUGUGCAAAGGUCACUGUCAUUCAGUCACCAUGGCGCUGAUACCGGAUCUCUCCGACAACUCAACAGAUACGGACGAGUCAGCAGAAAGCAGACAUGGAAAUAGCAAAGCGGUUGUCCUACAUACUCCUAGCAACAGAGACCUCCUGUUGGGUCUGGAUGUCCACACUUUUUGCACAGUCCUUUGCCGGCGAAUGGAUGAAGACGAGCUAACGCUGAUGCCCUGCGUUCCUGAGGAGGGAUACAAUGGCGAUUCAGACGACGACUCCGAGUCAGGAAGCGAGCAGGAGGAUCGCCUGCGGAGGCGGCAGCUGGUAAGGAGGCGGAAGAUGGCGGCGGGAAGGCGUGGGCAGCACUCCAAGGCGGCCAGGGCUGCUCGUCGACGUCGUACUCGCUGACGGCACCGAUAACCUGAGCUCACGCACAUUUCCCUUGUAGAUGAACGCACACUUUGUGUCAUAAGGAGUUUAAAAAUAUGCAUUAACCUGCAAUAAAAUUUAGACUGUUGAGUACACUGAACC